AUGGCCAUCACGCAUCACGACUGGCAUUCAACCGUCUCUGCCACUGAUCGCUAUGGCACCGUGCGAUCCAUCCAAGAAGCACUGCCGGACGGCUCGAUGAGCACCGCCAUGGCCAUUGAGCAGGCCGCGUACACGGAUUCAGCAUCUCGGGACGACUACACUGCCGCAUGCCAGGCCGCCAUCGCCGCCAGUGCCCCGGCAUCCGUCGCCGCCGCUGCCGCAGGUGACGCCUCAUCCGCACCCGGCGACACACGCAUCGGUCCCUUUUCCAACUGCACACCCAUCGCCGACGGCGUCACUUCCACUGUCUACCGCUCCGCCGACGGCGCCACGGCGCUCAAGGUCAUUACCGUGCACCACCCGCUGCCGCCGCACGACCCUCAGCGCGAGAUUCGCAUCCUGCGCCUCCUCCGCCCGCCCUGCAUCCCGCUCCUCUCUACCUUUCGCGACCAGUCCCACCAGCAAGUCCUCGCCUUCCCCUACAAGCCGCUCACCCUCGACGCGCUGCUCCUGUCUGCGGCGCCGCACGGAGUAACCCUGCCGCGGACGCACAUCAAGGCCAUCUUUGCUGACGUGGUCCGCGCGCUCGCGCACAUUCACGAGCUGGGCAUCAUUCACCGCGACGUCAAGCCUUCAGCCGUCCUGCUCGAUGCGCCAGGAGGCCCCGCGCACCUGUCCGAUUUUGGCACCGCGUGGCACCCGACGCUGUCUGCGGCUGCGGAGCCCGCCGCCGCCAAGAUUCUCGACAUUGGCACGGGCCCGUACCGCGCGCCCGAGGUGCUCUUUGUGAACAAAGCCUACGGCACAGAGGUGGACGUGUGGGCGCUGGGCGUCAUGCUCGCCGAGUGCGUGUCGACGCCGGCGAGGCCGCCGUUUGAGUCGCGCGCCGUGUCCGAGGACGGGAACCAGCUCGGCCUGAUCCUGAGCAUCUUCAAGACCAUGGGCACACCGACGCCGGAGACGUGGCCCGAGGCGCGGGAGUUCCAGGUGUCGCCGUUUGAGAUGUGGACCGUCUUUCCGCAGAGGUCCUGGCGGGAAAUACUGCCAGACGUUGAGUCGGACUGGCUGGAGAUGAUUGAGUCGACGGUGCGCUUCAGCAAGCGCGCCACAGCUAAAGAGGUGCGUCCUUAUGCCACAGAUCUCACAAGUCACGAGCAGUACGCUAACACUGUGCAGCUCUUGCAAUACAAGUGCAUUGAAUAA